GCGCGACUCCGACCAGGCGCACAUUAGCACGGACCAACGCCGAUUUAAUGUUACCCAGUUUCGGAACGCGUUUCCCUACAAGUGGUAUCGUCGUAGACAUAGGGCUCCCAAUUCAAUGCUUGUAUGAUUCCAGCUUCCUAAUUCUGGUUGCUCGGAGAAACUAGGGCUCUUGUUGCCGGGGUUUUUCCCGCCGACCAGGAGUAGCCGGGAACCGGAAAUGGUGAGGAGUGUGAAGAGUCACCUGGAGGAGGAAGAGGACGAGGAUGAGGAGCUCGGUCCGAGGACCGCGGACGGAUCUUCCCAGAAAGAUGGGAAGAGCAGUGAUCAGAAGGCGAACGCGCUUCGCUCGAAACAUUCGGAGACUGAACAGCGCAGGAGGAGCAAGAUUAACGAGAGAUUUCAGAUUUUAAGGGAGCUUAUACCUCAAAAUGAUCAAAAGAGAGAUAAAGCUUCUUUCUUGUUAGAGGUCAUACAGUACAUUCAGUUUUUACAGGAGAAGUUACAGCUUUAUGAGGGAUCAUAUCAAGGUUGGAAUCAGGAGCCCACAAAACUGAUGCCAUGGAGAAACACCUGUACGCCAGUAGAAAGUUUUAUUGAUCAAUCUCAAAUCAUGAGGAAUGGCUCUGGUCAGGAGGAUUCUAUUGUUGUAACUCCAUCCAUGCUCAAUAAUGCCCAGAACUCAGUGGAAUCUGAAUUCGGUGAGGCUGCUGCAUACAAGGCACUGGACCAUUCCACAAUGCCAGGAAACCAAACAAUGCAAACUAAUAUACCAUUACAGUCAAGUGUUCCUGGGGAUGUACCAACCCAUCCUCAUCAGGUAUCUAUAUCUGAUUCUGACCACUUGGCUUCCCAGUCCCAGUCCCAAUUUUGGCCGAAUAGGCAUUGUACGACCGAGACUGCUAUUCCAAGCUAUACUCUGAACGAGGAGGAGAUAAAAUUUGAAAGUGGUGAAGCUAGCAUUUCAAAUGCUUACUCUCAAGGGUUGUUGAAUUCCUUAACUCAAGCACUGCAAUCAUCUGGAGUGGAUAUGACACAGGCCAGCAUCUCAGUGCAACUUGAUGUUGGAAAAAGAACAAGUACUAGAGUGACUGAUACAGUGUCCAGUGUAAAGUGUCUUCAGAACCAGUAUCCUGGGAGCCAUACGAGUUCAGCUUAUGGGAUUGGGAGCAGUUCAGAGGAAUCUGAUCAAGCUCAUAAAAGACUCAGGAUGGAACAUAUCUAGCAUGGCAUAACAACUUCCUCCUGCUUUUUUUCUCUUGAGAUUUUUUCCUCUUAAGCUUUCUUUCCUCCUUUUAGAGAAUAGUGUGGGGGUCUCAUGCCUUGUGAUGAUCCAGAGGUAAUGUUAGUUGUACAUUUUUUAUGCUCCAGUGCUUAGGUUAGAUGCAAGAACUUUCUCGGAAGAAGUUGUUGCCUGUCAUCUUUUUUCACAAGAGGCUUCCAUACUAACACUUGGAAGCUGCUUUUUGUUCAAAUGGCAUCCCUUUUUCCCGAAGUCAGCUUUCCUGUGCUCCGUUUCCUUGCCUUGUCCUAUCCAUGUGAUGUAAGCAUUUGUAAAUUUCUACCGAGCACGAUGACUGCCGUUUCUACACCAGAAAUACCUCUUGUUAAUCAGAUUUCAAGAGUCACUUGGUACUA